AUGCUUGGUGGGCGCGCAGCAGAGUUAUUUCUUGGUCUUGAUCCUGGCGUCGAGUACAGUCACGGAGCCGUGACUUUUUUUGUGAAAAUACCAUCUUCGAAGCCACGUCAUUUACCGAGAACGGCGUUUUUCCCAAAGACGACAACGAGCUUUGCAAUCGAGACCACGGAAGAAUUGCAGACUCAGCUCGACGCGGCGCACAAGUGGGCGGCGCAGACCAGGAAAUUGGUGCCGGAGCCCGAUCCGGGGGCCAAUGACAAGAUUAACGGAUUGAAAUUGUUGAUCAACAAAAACUUGCUGAAAAAAUUUGACGCGCUGCAGCAGGCUUUGACGAAACAGAGUGACGCGGUGGAGCACAUCGCGAACAAUCUGCGAGAAAUUAAUCAAUUAGGGCGAACUCCACCUGAUUCUGCUGUGAUGCACCGGCCGGUAGAUGCGCUUGACUAG